AUGAUUACAGCUAAACAAAUAAGAAAACUUAUGAGUUUUACAACUGGUGUCGGUACAAGUGAGGAAUGUGAGGGUGAGGAUGUCAUGGAACGGGUAAAUCCUGAUAAAAGAGCUCGCGAUGCUGGUGCAGCAUUUAUUAAUCGACAAUGGAUCGCGGAGAAAAUUCACCGCAUAACCCGUUUUGUCACAGAAUGGUGGGAAAAAUCAUAUGACCAAUGCUUUACUGACUAUUCAAACGCCGGUUGCAAGCUCAGAUUAUCACAAGCAAGUGGUCGACAAGGAAAAAGAGAAGGAUUGAAGCCAUUUCAUGUUAUUGCAAAGCCAUUAAAAACUGAAACUCAUAUAUCAAAUCGUUUAUGGUUAUGCGACUGUGAUGAAGAAAAUGUUAUUGAUCCUGAUGAAGUUACAUUUGUUCAUGAUAAGGCACCGUGUAUGCGAGCAAAUAAAACCCAACAUUUGCUUCAAGACAACAAUGUGAAGUUUUGGGGCAAUGGCAUCUGGCCAGGAAAUUUGCCUGAUCUCAAUGUAGCAGAACGUAUUGGAUCAAUAAUGAAAGAUGAAGUUGAGAAAAAAAUGUUAUCAGAAACUGGACAUAAUUGA